AUGUCGAGAUGCCCAGAUUUAUGCCGCCGUGACAACCCAAGCCACUCACAUCACACCACCACAAUGACGACAGUAGCUCCAACGCAGACCAUCCCAGUAAAGGUACUGAAGAAGUCAUCCAGGCCAAAGGACAAUUGGUACUACUGGGAAGAUGUCGCUCACGACCUCGACGGCAUCAGUCUGCCAAAAAGCGUCAAGGACGAGAUCCUGGCCUGCUCUCUCGAAUACACCAGAACUGUGAUACCUCACUGGACGAAUCGUGCCCGAUAUGUCGCUUUCAUGCGGAUCAUAAUCAUGGGCAUCAUUGCUGAGUUCAAAGGUGAUCUCCUCGACGUUACCAAAGGCGACAACGUCCUGAAUUACAGCCUUGAUGGGGUCCUGUCCGAUCUCUUCACCGGCACACCCGAUCCAGCUGGCAUGGCUCGCGAGUAUAAAACCUUCUUGCUAUGCUCCGGAGACAAGUCCAGCGGCAGGAGAAGUGGCGAGUUCUUCCGACGAUACGUGAACAACCUCGCCCAUUCCCCACGACGGUACUUCCGCAUGCGCGACAGCGAUGCUUUGUGUCGCUUCACAAUCGCUGUCGCGCUAGCCUGUGGGGACCAUGACGACGUGUGGUUCACCAACGAGCAGUUCGACUUUCUUGCGGAGCUUGGCGACACUAUGUACGAUGCGGUGUCCUUUUUCAAGCAUAGGAGCGAGGGUGAGACGAACAGUACUUUCGCUUAUGCCCCAUCAGACUUGCGCGUCGCUGCCUUCAAACAGUGCCGUGAGGUGUUGUGGGCACUGAAUGCAGCCUGGAAUGAUCGACCGGAAAUGGCAUGUGUGACGAGCUUCCUGCGCUACUUCGGCGGUCCACUGCAUAUGAUGAUGCGAAGGUAUCGUUAUGUCGAGGAGGAUAUGACGAUGGGCCGUGAGGAGGACUCCGAAAUCGUUGAUCAGACGCGCAACAAUUACAAGCUGUGGAAUCGUAUCGAUGCCAGCAAGCAGCGAGAUCAGGAUGCGGACAGUGUCGAGAAGAAGCGAUAUGAGAAUAUCGUUGCUCAUGGCGACUCGUUGUUGUUUCCGGGCUUGGCGAGAUGGCUGGAGGAUGAGGGCGAAGGCCACUGCGACACCUGCUUAUAUCGUCCUUCAUACGGUGCAGAGACAACGCAUUGCUUUGGCGGAGUCGAGCUGUGCGAGAGCUGCCGGCCACAGUGGCGGGACCAUGUACUCAGCUUUCGCGAACGUGCUGCGAAAGUCUUUCCGGAACUUCGACCAGUGUACAAGAGAGCGGCUGAGGAUAUAAUAGCACCAGCAUCAAAGCGAACCUGCGUGGAAGCGACAAAAGCGGCGACAGAAAACGCUCCUGCCAGCCCAGACAGCGGUGUAUGCGUUUAA